AUGUCUCUAGUUGAUAUAUCUCCAGAUGUGCUUGAAUACAAGUCGCCAUUGACCAGGCAGAGUACCGCGUAUGUCACUGUGAAAAACAACUCUGAUCAAGCCAUAGCGUUCAAGGUGAAAACCACUGCUCCAAAGUUCUACUGUGUGAGACCAAAUGCCUCCGUGGUUGCUCCUGGUGAGAUUGUGGAUGUCCAGGUAAUCUUUUUAGGUUUGCCUGAGGCUCCGGCUCCAGACUACAAGUGCCGCGAUAAGUUCUUGGUUAUAACACUGCCAUCUCCGUAUGAUUUGGGCUCCAAGUCUGUGUCCGAGGCCUGGGCUGAUCUAGAAGCGGAGUUCAAGCAACAGGCAAUCUCCAAGAAGAUCAAAGUUAAAUAUUUGAUAGAUACUGAAGUGGAAAAGAAUCCACAAAGUGUUCCUGAAACGGAGGAUGCUAGAGAAACUAUACAACCAGCACAUCAACCAGCUCCAAUUGCUGAGACCAAGCCCUCAGAGGUCACUGAGAAUAAGAUGCCUAUGACUAAAGAGGUCCCAGUUGCUGCUCCAGUUACUGCAGCACCAAUUACUGCUGAUAUUGAGGAGAAGAAUGCCAUGCCAAAGACAGAAACUCACGAAAAUGUUGAUGAACUGAAGGAAGAACCACCUGUAACAACGACAGAAAAGGAAGAGGCCAAGGUACAGAGUUCUGUUACCAAGAAGUCCGGUAAUGAAGGCUCUACGAACACUAUGUUGAUUGUCAUAUGUCUUGCUGUCCUUAUUUUGGGUUGGUUGUAUCGUUAA